UUGAAUAAUGGAUUAAACAAUCUUGUCAAAAUAAAACAACUACCCUGGUUCUUAUAUAAAGCAAGAUUUGAAGGAAGCCGAAGAAGAACACAAGGCUCAUAAAGAAUUGCAAGAUAAGAAAUAUGGACUAUAUUUUCUAUUGUUUUAAGGAUUAGUUUAUUUGAUUGCUAUAAUCAGUUUUGGAUUUGGGAAUCCCGAUUAGUUGGGGAAACCAUACGACACAAAUUGUAUUCAAAUAGACUCUAUAAGUUAUUAGAGAAUGUAUGCGGAGUUGAUAUAGGGUUGGAAGCAUAUAAAUUCAUAUACUUUACAAAUCCAACUGAUUCAAAACAUUUAGACAGAACAGUGUGUGUUAAGGAGUGUCCAGUUUUGAAUGUAGAUAAUGAAGCAGAUGGUUCUAUUAUUAAUUAAUACAAUAGAAUCGCUGGAAUUAGAAUGCUACCCAAAUCAAGUAAUCAAUUCGUGCAGAAAUAGACCAUCCAUUGAUGAUCCAACUUACACCAUGUUAUAUUAUGAUUCUGUACCAUUCAUUGACAUUUGUCUUCCAAAAAAAACUAGUUAUUUCGAUAACAUUAAAGAAGGCCUACAACAAUCAGGGAUUAUCACAUUCUUAUCAGACAUUAGUAAUGGAAAGAUCAUGAUAUUUGCCACUCUGACACUUUGCUUAUUGUUAAAGUAAGGCUUGAUUUAAUAAUUUACCUAGUUAGUUAUUCUAUUUCUUGAUGAUCAAACUAUAACAGACAGCUAUAUGGGUGAUUUCAAUCUAAUCCAUAGUGGGUCUAUUUUUGUCAGGUUUCUUAGGACUAUUUUAUUAUUUAAAAUAGUCUCAAUAUACUGAGUCUGUGCACAGUGCUACGAUAUCUGGAGAAGAAGCAAUAGGCAUAAUUUAAGUGGAGGAAUCAAAUAUCACUAUCAUUUUAAUUUCGAGUAUCUUUUUCCUUUUGUUUGGCAUUUAUUUCUUGGUGGAUUUAAUAUUGAAUCGUAAGACCUAUAAGACAAUGGGAAUUAAGAUUUAGAUCGUCAAUUACUUUUUUGACUUCUCCUCCUCUGGAAUUCAACAGCAAGAAGAUCAACCCUCAAGAUUCAGAGAAAUCCUGAUACUCUUGAUUGGCAGUGCAGCACUCUUACUGAUGUUUUGUGGAUUCUGGGUUUGGAUGGCAACGUAAUAUAAAUUCAUCAUAUUUCAAUAGAAAUCUCUUCUCAAUCGGAAAGGCAGAAUAAGGAUUUUACGCAUUUAAUACCUUUUAGUUGAGUUGGACAACAUUCAUUAUGGGAUUCAUUCAUGUGUUUGAAUUGAUUAUAGUGACCCUUGCUAUUUUAGGAAGUGAACACGUAAUAUUGAUUGGCAAAGUCAUUGAAGUGUAUAAACGAAUGGGGAUUCAGAGACAGAAAAUAGACUCACGUGAUCCAGAAUUAUAAUUGAUGGAUAUCUUUGAAAUUUAUGCUUUUAAUAACUUUGGGUCAGUUGUUUUUGGAGAAGCCCUUAUCUUCUUAUUGAUGAUUCCCAGAUUAUUCAUCAGGAUUUAUGUGUGGGCUAGAUAGAAGAGAGAUGCUAAUUUCUAAAUCCCAUCUAGAUUGUAAGAGAUAUUGUGCAUAAAUGACAGAGCCUACCUAUUGGCUUAUUUAAGAAAUGAUGAAUUCCUAUUGAGUGCCAAAUCUCAAUAUGUUUUUGACUAAAAGUUGAAGGAAACAACUAAAGUUCAAUAUCAUGGAGAAUAACUAUCAGUUACUUAUUGCUUUGCCGUUGCUAAUUUAUGUGUAUCAUUUACUUACAUCCUGAUUAUUACUACCAGCACAACCAUUGGCAUUCAUUAACCAGUUUAUUUCCUAUUGAUUUCAUUCAUUUUUUCCUAUUUCGUAAAUAUUGAUUCAAAUAUGCUUAGAUAUCUAUGAUGUUCUCAACAGUCUACGGAGCAACAAUUGACAAUUUGACUAUAUUGUUAUAUAGAGACACCACAGCUGAUGGUAAAGUAGUUGGAACCUGCGUAAAGAAUAUCGUUAGAUUAAUGAAAGAACCAGAAUUGAAUGAAUAGGAUCAUUAAUAAUAAAAUCAUGGAUAAGAUUGAAUAACUAUUGCAAUACAG